AAAAGAAAAAAAAAAAAGAAAACACAGAGAGCCGUCGCUUUGACUUCGCUUGGGCGAAUAGUGCGCGACAGAGUCCCGGGGGGGGGCGCGGCGGAAGGGAAAUGGAAAUGGGAGAUCAACGCCCGAAGAGAGAAUCGGUACGCAGGCACAGCGAUGGUCAGAACAGAAAGAGGAGUCGGCCACUGGCCCGUCCGGUGUCGCCUUCGUCGUCUUUACGUGCGCUGUUCACGGUGGUUAGGGUUGGGUACGGUUCGGGAAGGUAGGAUAGGGCAGAGCAGCGCAGAGCAGAGCGUGUACAUGAAUCGAGACGUCGCGCCAGACACGCAGGUUUGACGCUCGGCGAUCAUAUUCAGGCUCGCGUGCUGGCACAAGCAAGAUUUUCCUUUAGACCUGCACCAUUGACGGCUCUCCCGCACUUCGCCCGUCCACACUGCGUCAAGUCGCCAGUCGCUCAUAACCCGACGGGGCCUAUAGCUUGGGCUGAUUCAGCCGCGUUCUCAUUGGCCGGUCGAGCUCUGGCCUCUUUUUGCGAACUUCCUCCAACGUCCGUUGGUCCAUCGAACCACCAAAACCUCGACGCAUCAAUUGAAGCCCACACCCAACCCUCUCUGCGAGCUGCAUCCACGCAUUGCCCACCUCGUCGUUCGGUUCCCCUCUUCACGCUUCCAACUCUCCGCUCCCACAAGCACACAAGAUGAUGCGCACCGCCAUUCUCAGAGCGGCGUCCACCUCGUCACGCCAGGUGCUCGCUGCUCGGACGUCACUGCCGGCCAUUGCCAACUGCCAGCAGACCCGAAAGGCCCAUGCCAUCUCCAACCCGACGUUGGCAGACAUUGAGAAGAGAUGGGAGAGCAUGCCGCCACAGGAGCAGGCCGACCUGUGGAUGACCCUGAGGGAUCGCAUGAAGGCCGACUGGAAGGAGCUGACAAUGCAGGAGAAAAAAGCAGCGUAUUGGAUUGCCUUCGGCCCGCACGGCCCUCGACGAGAAAUCCCCCCUGGUGAGGGCCUCCGCAUCAUCCGAGGCCUCGUCCUGCUGCUCGGUCUCUCUGGCGCCCUGUUCUACGCUACGCGUCUCGCAGCCGGCCCACCACCAAAGACUAUGAGCAAGGAGUGGCAGGAGAAGACAAACGAGUUCAUGAAGAAGAACAAGAUGGAGCCCAUCACGGGUAUUUCUUCCGAAGGCUAUAAGGGCCCUGGCAUGAUUCAGUCGCCCUCAACGGGUCUGAAGUUUGAAGAUGCCGAAGAGGACGACGAAGAGUAGACAAGCACACACACAUCGACCGGACCCAGUGUAGCUAGUACAACAGCCAUGUUUAUUUUUAAUAGCCCACUAAUGUGUGUCUUGUGUGUUGAAGUGAUGCUUCAGCAAGUCUUUCAUUUUUCUUUGUCCUUUGUCGCAUCUUUUCUGUGUCCUAUACGCAAAAAGCUUGGAGAGAAGGCGAUGGAAGAGAAAGGAGAUGAAGAUGGAAGGAGAAGCGGGGAAGGGAUGUGGGAAAUUGUAUUUGCCAGCCUCUUUGUACAAAGCAUUCCACAUCGAUAGGUCCAAAAUAUGGCAAAUUGGACCGGGUUUUUGUUGUUGCUUCCUCAUUUUGCUGCCUCGAUUUCCCCCAGCCUUUGCAUCUCUUAGAUCGAUCCUACACCUGUUCUACCCGUGGUAGAGAACAAAAUUUCUCCGGAUCG